AUGGAUUAUAAUAUAUUUAUGAAACUGGUAGACUCUAUAAGGCAUCAUAUCUCUCCAAGUCCAAGAUUUGUAAGAAAAGAUACUAUUUCUCCUGAAAAGCGUGUUGCAAUGGUUUUGUAUUAUCUAAAAGAUGAAGGCUCAUUUAGAAUGGUAGCAAAUACGUUUGAUGUUUCAAAAGCUACUUUGUCUGUGUCACUACGCUUUGUGUGUUGUGCCAUAAACUUAGAACUAGGACCAAAGUUGAUAAAAUUCCCAAAUACAAAUGAGGAAAUUAAUUUUAUGACUUACAAAUUUGAAUCUAAAUUUGGUAUUCCACUAGUUUUAGGUUGCAUUGAUAGUACUCACAUCCCAAUUCAACAACCGCAAGAAAAUUGCCAUGAUUAUUUUUGUUACAAAAUGAAAUACUCAUUAAAUUGUCAAGCAGUUUGUGAUGAAAAGGGAAGAUUCACAGAUGUGGAAGUCAGAUGGCCAGAAAGUGUCCAUGAUGCUAGAAUAUAUGCUAACAGUAAUUUAAACAAAAUGUUUGUUGAUAGAUAUUUUCCAUUAAAGUAUCAAGAGCUUGUUCCUGGGUAUUCUCCUAUUAUGCCAUUUUUGUUAGGGGAUCCUGCAUAUCCUCUGUUACCAAACCUUCUUAAAGAGUAUCCACAUUCUGAAAGUGAUAAGCAUGCACUUUUCAAUAACAUGUUGCGUUCAGCUCGUAACCAAAUUGAAUGUGCUUUUGGAAGAUUAAAAGCUCGUUGGAGAGUUCUUAAUCGCUGCAUCGAUGUUGAUUUAGAACUUACCACUUCCCUAGUCUAUACAUGUUUUGUAUUGCAUAAUUUUUGUGAAGAUAAUAAGGUUGAAAUUCAUAGUGAAUUAAUACAAGCAGAAGUAGUUGCAGAAAAAAGGUCACAAUGCUGUGACCAUCACAACAAACUUGAUAAACUUUAUACCUACAAUUCAUCACGUGGGGUGCAAACAAGAGAAGCAAUUGCUCAAUAUUUAAGAGACAAAUAUUUGAAAUGA